AUGGAAUUUAAUAUUGACGAUGGGUCCUCAGGCCGGAAAACCCGAGCCAGAGAAGGCCUACAUCUUAGACCUUUGAACGUCGAGAAAGGGGCAAAAAGAUUCUCUUCCAGAGCACCAGACUCGUUCCCUCCGCAAGGUGCAGCAUGGCGGAAUAAUCUGGCUGCUCUUUCUCAACGUCGUAAUCUUCUGUUUGUGGCCUAUACCCAUCAAAUCUAUGUCUGGGAGCCAGCUGGGUCGUUUCAGACUCUUGGAUCAAAGCCUGAAAUGAUUAUAACGCCCGUCAUGAAGGACCCUUAUAGCAGCGGGUAUAUAUCACCACAUAUGCCUCACGCCAUCAACAAUAUCCUUGUAGAUGAUCUUGGGCGCGAUGAAGUCCUUCUGCUGGUCACUGAUUCGGGCAAUGUCUGCGGCUAUCGUGUUGAGGCUAUCUUCUCGGCUUUGAAGCGGGCUGCAGAGCGCAAGGAGAACCGCCCUUUUGAUGGCUCCCAGGUAAUCCCUUUUUUUGUCGAAUAUGUUGAAGCCAGCGCCUGGGGGCUAGCCAUACACAAGUUCUCCCGCCUGAUUGCAGUGACCGCAAACACGGGCCUUGUCACUGUUUUCGCAUUUGCGCUUGUGAACCCUGCUUCUGGCAAAGGCAACGACACAGGCCAGGUACUAGGGGAGGAGGAAGAAUUCCCUGAUUAUGGCCAGACCUGGUUGGAAAUCAAGAGUGAUGAGCAGUUCAAACAGCUACGGCAGUUGAUGCCUGCGAAGCACCGAAAACAGAACAUACGCUUGACGUAUACUGGUCACUUUACCAACAUACCAUCCGUCUCCUUUCUUAAUUGUGAUCUUGACCCGAAUGGAACAUGGAUGGUCAGUACAGAUAUCGAAAAUCAGGUUUUUGUUUGGAAAACCUGGGAGGGCCCAGGCCCAUUUAACGUAUACCACUUCGGUGAUGCUUCUUUCAGAUACCCAGAAACAUUCAAUCAUGAUAAAGAGCGUGGUUGGUCUGUCAUAGCCCUUGACCCACGUACUUUCCAUCUACUCAAAUCGACAAAGGACGCGUGCGGUGGUCACCCUCAAUGUCGUGUAGAGAAUGGUCGACCGGUCCUGGACCUGACAAAGUUAAGCAGCCGAGUGCCUAACGCGUCUCGGCUCUACAAUUAUUUUCCUCCUGCCGUUAAAGCUGAACCAGAACAACCAAUCUUACCUGACAUAUUUGGACCGGAUUGCCGCAUUAACAAAGACAUCAAUACCCGCCAGUCUACCAGUUGUGCGGUGCAUGGCGGUUUAUCUGCGGAAUAUCGACGCGCAGAUGAGGCUCCAGAACCCAGCGACACCCAGGAUGUCAGAAACCUUCCGCCUUCAGACUCUGCUGAUGCAUUCAGUCACAGUGCUAUUGACGGUUCUAUGCUCGAAUAUAACCCGAGCCCUAAUGCAAGUUCUGACGGGGAGUCAUAUACGGGUCCCCAGCAAAAUUCUAGCCAAGAGGGCGAAACCCAGGGUGAUAAUGGAGCCUUCCGUCGGGUGGAUGAUACAGAAUAUACCGAUAAUACCCCCUUUCAUGGCCCUUUGACAACGCCUGAAUUUCUUCAAGUGGCACUUCUCGAAGCUCUAGGUGGCGAUAUCCCCGGGGCCGAAGAAUACUUUGACGACUACUCGAUAGAAGAGGUCAGCCCUUUCGAGGACAUAGAAAUGGAUGGCGCAGAUGAUGAUAUCUCGGAGAGCGAUGAUACAUCAACUUCAGAAGCAGUUGCUUACCAAGUCUUUAACCCCCCAACACAUGCGAACUUUCCAAUCCUCCACUUCUCCCAAACAGACAUCCGUCUGAUCCCUAAUCCGCUUGCCCCUCGCGCAACUGUUUUCUGUGGCACACCCCUUCGGCAACAAUUCACCCACAUUGUUGGAUCGCUUCGAGACGCAUGCGACCGCUUCAACAUGGUCAAAUAUAUCCCCGAACACGGAAUCGUAGUGGCCGCCUCGCAAAAAGGUCGCGCCGCAGUGAUCACCCUAACUGAGUCGGAAGCCAAUGGCCUAUCUUUCAGAGUCGACUGGAUCGUUCCUUUCGAGAGCCAGGAAAAGUACGGUGACCGACCUCUUAUCCCUCUCUUAGGCAUGAGCGUCGGUCCAAUGCAAGGGUUUGAGAUGCCUCCUGACGUGCCUAACAUUCCGCACAAUGCCAACGGAGAUGGCCUGAAAUUCCAUUAUAAGCCAUCUACUUAUGACGAACUUGACGCAUGUUUGCAAAACAGCUCCAGAUCAUCUGAUAUUUCGAGCGAAGACCUACGGCCCCCCUAUGAAGUGGGUGGUACUAAAGUCUCCAGAGAAUCUACUCCCACAGCCAGCUGUAAGGUUGAUACCAUCCCAGAACAAGAGCAGCGGACCUUUCCAACUCUGCCAGAGUGCCAUGCCAGGGCUACCCGUGCCUAUCAACCGGAGGAGUUUUGGCGUGGUUGGAACCCAUCUCGGCGUUAUCGCUUGCUACUUCUCUUUGCAGACCAUACCGUUUUGAGUUACGAAUUCUGGUACAACUGGUCCCCGACGGGUACAGCGGACGAUGAAAGUGACGAAGAUGGAUACCUUGUUGUCUAA